CAAAGCGCUGUAAACAAUAAAAAAGCAAAUGCAUUAUUCAAUCCUUCUUAAUUUGUUUUUUUUAUGAAAGAAUAACUUUGGACGAUGGAAGAUUCAAAAGUAGGAAAAAGAACAACAUUGAAUGAUUCAGCUGAAAAUCUACACGAACCUACUUUAAUAAGAAUUAAUAAUCAGAAUUACAUUCCUCAUAGUAUUCACAUUGAUAAAAAUGAGUUUAGAAUAGGUCGUGCAAGAGAUAAUGAUGAAAUCAUUUUGAAUGCAGUAAUAUCUAGAAAGCAUUGUAUUUUAAGAUGUGAAGAAAAUGAGUGGACUAUUAAAGACGUUAGUUCUUCUGCUACAUAUGUUAAUGAUGUUCCGGUAGUAUCUGGUCAGAGUCAAAGAAUCUAUGAGGGGGAUGUUAUACAAUUUAGUGAAUCUGAAGAAUUUAAAUAUCUAUUUACCCUUGAUGUUAAAUAUAAACACAAAGUUAAAAAGCCUAAGCUAGAUGAACAGGUAUUAGACAAUAUUCUAGUUAAAAAGCCUAAGCUAGAUGAACAGGUAUUAGACAACGUUCUAGUUAAAAAUCUUAAGCUAGAUAAACAGGUAUUGGACAAUGUUCUUGUAGAACGGAAAACAUUUGCAGAAAAUCAAGAAUGUCAAGAAAAAGUUCUUAAAGACAAAUUGCAAAUAAAACAAAAGGAACAAGAUAAACUAAAACAGCAAUUAGAGCAACUUUCAAAGCAACAAAAUGUUACAGAAAAGGAUGCUGAAGAUCUUACAAAACAAAUUACAACAUUAGAAAAGAUAAUAGAAUAUGGUGAUGUUCAAGAACAAUAUUUAAAUACUGAAUUAUUAGAAAAAUUGAAAAAUGAACGAGUAGAAUUUGAAAAGAAAUUGAAUGAAGAGAAACAAAAGUGGCAAAAAGCAUUAAGUGUAAGUAAGCUUGAGAAAGGAAUGUUGGAAAUGAAAAUGAAAGAGCAAAUGGAAAAGUGGAGAGAAGAACAACAAACUGAGUGGAAAAAUAUGAUGGAGAAUAGAGUUAAAGAAGAAAAAAGUAUACAAGCUCAACUGUUAAAUGAAAAGUUAGUUUUAGAAGAGAAAUUAAAAAUAGCAGAAAAGGCUUUAAAAGAACAAGAAGCUAAAGUAGGAACAGUAGAAAAUGAUGUUGCAGGGUCUUCCAAAAAAUUCAGUGAUAGUUGUAUAUUUCUAGAAAUUAUGGAUAAUCCUUCAGAAUAUCGAACUAUAGAUACAAUAGAUUUAACAAAUACUACUCAGCUUACUAUAAACACUGAAGAAGAAGAAAGUGUACUUAAUAAAGUUAAUGAUAUAAUGGAUGAACAACUAACUUGUAGUAUAUGUUCAGAAUUAUUUGUGAAAGCAACAACAUUAAAUUGUAUGCAUACAUUUUGUCAUCAUUGUAUACACCUAUGGAUCAAAAAGAAAAAAGAAUGUCCAGUGUGUAGAGCACCAGUAUCAUCAAUGAAUAUAUCAAUAGCUAUAGAUAAUUUUAUUGAAAGUAUUUUAGAAAAUUUAUCUACUCAAUUGAAAGAAAGGAGAACAAGAAUUAUAAAAGAAAGACAAGCAUUGGAGCGCAAGAGAAAAGAUCAUUGGAAAACUGCUGUGAGAAGAAAAUAAAAUUUAGUUUGAUAUAUUAUUCAUUAAUACUGUUAUGUUAAUAUAUAGUAUUUUACAACUAACUUUUACCACGAAACAGUUGUAUUAAAAGCCUUUAAAUGUUAAUAUUAUAAAAGUGCAGUGAGGUUGUGUAAAAAAUAUAUGAUUUAUUUUUGUUAUAAAUUUUUCUAAAAGCAAAA